AUGACAUACAACGCUCAAGAGAAGGUCGCGAUUCCGAUUGCAGACGAGAAAUAUGAAUCUCAGCUCACCUCGACGCGGACGAGUGUGCAGGAAAGCCGUCCUGCAGACCAAAAGAAGGAGUCUUGGUCCUCGAAACUGCCGAGUCUGAAUCCGCUGCGAUGGCAAAAGGCUCCCCCGAUACCGGAGGAAAGGGCAGUAAGCCGAGAGCAUGAGGCUCGUUUGCCUAGUCGUAUGCUUUUCCAAUGGAUUGAGCCUAUUAUGAAAGUUGGCUAUCUACGGGAGUUAGAAAUCCAAGACAUCUGGGCUGUCAACCCUGACAGAUCUGUUGACUUUCUAUCAAAGGAGCUUGGGUCUAGCUUGGAACGGCGACUAAAACGAGGAGACAAGAAACCCCUGGUAGGCGCUAUCUAUGAAACCUUUAAACGGGAGUUCUGGAUCGGUGCGAUAUGCCAAAUCCUCGGGACUGUUAUCAUUGUUUUGUCUCCUCUUGUCAUCCGCCACCUGAUCUCCUUUGCGAUGGAGGCAUAUGAUUCUAGACAUGGUACUCGACCUAGUCCGCAUGUUAGCUGGGGCAUAGGUUAUGCCCUGGCUAUCUUCUUCAUGCAAGUAAUCCGAGCCCUCUGCAUGAGUCAAUCCUUCUAUAAGGGAGAUGUGCUGGGUGGUCAAGUUAAAGCUGCUCUGGUCUCGCUUAUUUUCUCCAAGGCAAUGAAGUUGUCAGGAAGAGCGAAAGUGGACGGGCGCCAUUCUGGAGAGAACGACCAAGAGCAUAACGACAAAAAAGAAUCUACCCCAGAUGAGAUCGCUGGCUGGAAUAAUGGUCGAAUUACAAUGUUAAUGGGGGUCGAAGCGGAUCGAGUUGAUAGAGCCUGCGGGAGUAUUCACCUUCUUUGGGCCACACCAAUCUGCUUGGCCGUCGGCCUUGUGGUUCUAUUGUUUACCAUCGGAUACAGCGCGCUUUCCGGGUACGGGUUCAUGCUUCUUUCGGUGGUUUUACUGACCUACAUUGUGCGGUGUCUUGUGAACCUACGGGUGACGGUCAACAAGACCACGGACCAACGUGUGUCUUUGACCCAGGAGAUCGUGUAUAACGCGAGGUUUGUCAAGUUCUUUGGCUGGGAGAACUUUUUCUUGGAAAGACUUCGGAAACUUCGACACAUCGAGAUGCAUUCUCUCCACAAACUGCUCGCCGUACGACAUGCCGUCAUAGCCAGCUUUGUAUCAAUGUCUACUUUUGCGGCGAUGUUCGCCUUCAUCACCUACGCAUUCUCGGGCCACGGUGCCUCACCCGACAGUAUCUUUGCGUCAUUUGCAGCCUUCAAUGCGCUGCGAGCGCCUCUCAGCAUGAUGAAUCUGGUCAUCAGUACCGCAACGGAUGCCUGGACUGCCCUAGACAGACUCCAGGACUUCUUCAGGGCCGAAGAACGGGAAGAUUUCGUCGAUUGGGAUAUGGGUAUGAGAAACGCCAUCGAGAUGGAUCACGCAUCAUUUACGUGGGAGCAAGCGCCGUCGUCUAAAGGAUCAGAAGCGAACAGCACCGAAUCAAGCCUUCGUGGUUCCUCGUCCGACGAGUCUACGGAGAAAUUAGCACAUGCCAAGCAACGCUCGAGGGAUAGUGCAGAGCAAAUGCCCUUCAAGAUCUCCGAUAUCGAUCUGAAGGUGGGUCGUCGCGAGUUAAUCGCCGUGAUUGGAACCGUUGGCAGUGGAAAGAGUUCUUUGCUGGGGGCGUUGGCGGGCGAGAUGCGCUUAACGUCUGGAGGCGUUCGCAUGGGCACGACGAGGGCGUUUUGUCCUCAGUAUGCAUGGAUUCAGAAUACCUCUGUCAAGAACAAUAUUCUUUUUGGUCAUGAAUAUGACGAAACAAGGUAUAACCAGGUGAUUGACGCCUGUGCCCUCCGCUCGGAUCUCGCCAUGUUUCCAGACGGCGAGCAGACCGAGAUUGGUGAGCGGGGAAUCACCAUAUCUGGUGGUCAGAAGCAGCGACUGAAUAUUGCUCGGGCCAUCUAUUCGAACUCCGAGCUCGUCCUUUUGGACGACCCGCUGUCUGCGGUGGAUGCACAUGUGGGACGCCAGAUCAUGGACAAAGCCAUCUGCGGCCUUCUCAGAGAUCGAUGCCGAGUCCUGGCAACCCACCAGCUUCAUGUGCUUGGCCGCUGUGAUCGGAUCAUCGUGAUGGAUCAAGGCCGGAUACAUGCCUUUGACACCUUCGCGAACCUUAUGCAAAAUGACGAAGUGUUCCGGUCCAUCAUGUCUAGUACUGCCCAGUUGGAAACUUCGGACAAAGAGACUCCCGGCCACAACACGGAGAUUCAACCAACUGAGGAGAAGCCAAAGAAUGAGGGCUCAGGCGCUGCCCUGAUGCAAACGGAAGAGAGAGCUACAGCUUCUAUGGGGUGGGAUGUCUGGAAAGCCUACAUAUCCGCGACUGGCUCCAUCUUUCACCCGUUCCUUUUCCUGAUUCUGACACUCCUUGUCAAUGGCGCAAUCAUCAUGAACGGGCUCUGGCUAGCCUAUUGGACGUCCGACAGGUACCCUUAUCUGGGACCAGGAGGCUACUUGGGAAUUUACGCUGCCCUCUGUGUGGCUCAGUUUGUUAUUGUUUAUGUUUAUUCGUUUCAGCUCACCUACGCUUCUUCUAACGCCGGGAAAGCGAUGCUCCAAGAAGCCUUGUAUCGUGUCAUGCGAGCGCCCAUGUCUUUCUUCGAUACGACGCCCUUGGGCCGCAUCACCAACCGCUUCUCAAAGGAUGUUCAGGUGUUGGAUAGCGAUCUCGGAAACUCGUUACGAAUGUUCGUGAUGAUGUUCUCUAUGAUUGUCGCUACCUUGGGUCUGGUCGUUGCUUACUUCUAUUAUUUCGCCAUUGCCAUCCCACCGAUGUUCUUCCUGUUUUGGAUCAUCUCGUCUUACUACCGAGGUUCGGCCAGGAGUUUGAAACGCCACGAAGCAGUCCUCCGUUCUGGGGUAUUUGCUCGCUUUGGUGAAGCUAUCACUGGCACCACCUGCAUCCAAGCGUAUAACAGAGAAGAGCAUUUCCGACAGGUCAUCCACAAAGCUGUCGAUUCGAUGAACGGGGCCUACUUCCUCACCGCUGCAAACCAAGGCUGGCUUGUGGUCCGCGUUGAAAUGGUGGGCGCUAUUCUAAUCCUCAUCGUCGGGAUCCUCGUCGUCACCUCGCGCUUCAAUGUUGGGCCCAGCGAGGCAGGCAUGGUCUUGUCACUCAUGCUUGGAAUCACGCAAAACUUCCAGUUCUGCGUCAAAGAGUAUGCCGAAGUCGAAAACGACAUGAACUCCGUCGAGCGCAUGCACCACUACGCCAGCAACCUCGAACAAGAAGCACCGCUGGAGCUGAACAAAGUGACCCCCUCGUGGCCCGAAAAGGGUCGCAUUGUCUUCGACAACGUCGAGAUGUGCUAUCGAGCAGGCAUGCCGCCCGUUCUGAAGGGGCUCACCAUGGACAUCCGUGGCGGCGAACGCAUCGGCAUCGUUGGCCGCACCGGCGCCGGCAAAUCCAGCAUCAUGGCGGCCUUAUUCCGAAUGACCGAGCUCUCCGGCGGCAGCAUCAAGAUCGACGACACGGACAUCUCGCGCAUCGGUCUCCACGAACUCCGCACGCGCCUCACCAUCAUCCCUCAAGACCCGACCCUCUUCCAAGGCACCGUGCGCUCCAACCUCGACCCCUUCAACGAACACACGGACCUCGACCUCUGGUCCGCCCUUCGAAAAGCCCAUCUCGUCGGCCAGGACAUCCCAAGCGACACCACCACCACCGCUGCUCCUGCCCCGACAAACUCUACCCCCAACUCCACGCAACGCCUCCACCUCGACUCCACCGUCGAUCAAGACGGUCUGAACUUCUCCCUCGGCCAGCGGCAACUCAUGGCCCUCGCGCGGGCCCUGGUCCGCGACUCCCGCAUCAUCGUCUGCGAUGAAGCCACCUCUUCCGUGGACUUUGAGACCGACGAACGCGUCCAGGAGACCAUGGCGACUGGGUUCCGGGGUAAGACGCUCCUGUGCAUUGCGCAUCGGUUGCGCACGAUCAUCAACUAUGAUCGGAUCUGUGUUAUGGACAAGGGUAGGAUCGCGGAGAUGGAUACCCCUGUUAGGUUGUGGGAGCGACGGGGGGGUAUCUUUAGAGGGAUGUGUGAGCAGAGUGGGAUUUCGAGAGAGGAUUUCGGGGCGUAG